GAAAGAGUCACAUGUGUAUACAACUUGUCACUCAACAAACUAACAGCAAUAUUACUAAUUAUUUAUAAUAAUGCCUUCAAAAAAAGGAAUGAAAAGAAAUAAACGGGAUGAUGAGGAUGAUGUUAUUACUAAGUAUGAUGAAAAUGAUAUAACAAGUAGUGAUGAUGAAUUAUCAGAUUCCGAAAAAAAAUUACUUGAAAAAGUUAGACAAAAACGUAUUCCAACAAAUUAUGAUAGUGAGGAUGAAGUUUAUGGAUUAAAUAUGGAAGAUGAUGAUGAUGCUGAUGCUGAUGAUGAUGAUGAUGAUGAUGAUGAUGAUGAAAAAAAUUCAAUGGAAUCUGAUAUUGAACAUCCAGAAGAUGAUGAUCUGCCAGAUGAAAGAGCUUGGGGUAAAAAGAAGAAAGCAUAUUAUUACACCGAUUAUGUUGAUCCUGAUUAUGCUACUUCAAACCAAAAGGACAUGGCAGCGGCUGAGGAAGAAGAACGUGAGGCUAUUAAUAUUCAGAAAAGAUUAGCUGAACAAUUGGAUGAUGCAGAUUUUGGCUUUGAAUUGAUCCAAGAUUCAACUAAAAAAGAAACAGAUGAAUCCGAAGAUGUGGUUAAAAUGGAUUUGAGCAAGAUGAGUUUAAACCAAAAACUUCGCUUCUUUGAGAAAGAAAAUCCUGAAUUCAAACCUGUGGUAACAGAUUUAAAAGAUCGUCUAAAAGAAAUAAAGGAUAUUAUUUUACCUUUCUUCAAUUUUAUAAAAGAUUUAAAUAUUGAAAAUUGUCCAACAGUUAAUUAUAUGCAAACAAAGUAUCAAUUAACAUUAAAUUAUUGUAUUAAUGUAUCAUUUUAUUUAAUGCUUAAAUCAAAAAGAAUAUCGGUUGCUGGACAUCCAGUUAUUAAACGACUAGCACAAUAUCGUCAAUUAUUGAAUCAACUUGAUGAAGGACAAGGUGAUCUUCUAACUGAAGUGUCACAACUCUUAAAUGCACAUAAGAAUCAACAGCCUAUCUACAAAACUGCAGACAAUACUGAAAUCCAAAAUUCUAUCCUAAAACGACCAUUAGUUGAUGAAGACAAUAACAUUAAUCGCAAAAAGAAGAAAAAAGUAGUAAUAUCUGAAAUUGUAGAUGAAUUAUCUGAUGAUCUUGAUUUGGAUGUUAAUAAGCAUGACGACAAUAGUGAUGAUGAAGCUGAAGAAGAUGAAAAAGAAGACUUAAGUUUAUCAGAAGAAAUACCCCCUGAGGAAAAACGUCCCAUCACCUAUGAGAUAGCGAAGAACAAAGGCUUAACUCCAUAUCGUAAAAAGGAAUUGCGUAAUCCACGCGUUAAGCAUAGACUCAAGUAUCGCAAAGCAAUAAUUCGUAGAAAAGGAGCAGUAAGAGAAGUCAGGAAGGAAAUUAAUAAAUAUUCAGGUGAAAUGUCUGGUAUCAAGGCUAGUGUAAAGAAGGGUAUUAAAUUGAAAUAAUUUGUAUAUUGUAACAAGUUUGUAUUACAAAAUAAAUUAUCCUAAAAUUGAAA